AUACGUGGCCGGUAUUCGAUUAUCCAAUAUGUAUACCGAUAUAUGAAUGACAGCCGUUAGGUCUGACUAUAUAACAGGUAGAACACCAUGUUUAAAAACCUGAGAAAAAAAUUCGAGCAAGGAGUUGCACAGAGUCCACUAGCUUUGAGAUCAGCAGUUGAGGCAAUAACGAAGUCUGAUGCGGAUGUUCCUGUCUCAGACAGUAAGGACCAUGAGGCUGACACGGACAGAGGGGGUGGAGAUGGUCCACAGGCUCGGGCUGCAUCUCAGGAGGCGUCGGCUGUAUCCGGGGAGGAGGUCCCCACUGAUCAGCUUGUGGAUGUUUCACUGAUGGAGGAACCAGAUGACUCACAGUAUGAGACUGUUUCUGAUACAACUCCAACUACAUCACGGUCUCGGACAUCAUCAUUCAGUUCAGUAGCCAGUGACAGCUCAUUCUAUCAAAACCCCAUCAGCUUUGCCCAGCCACAGUACAUUCCGUCGGAUGUCGAAAGUGAGGUGGAGGAGUCGCCAGACAGCCUCGACUCAAUCAGCAAAGAAGAUUUGUACACGUACAUCAAGAAGUAUGAACGGCGAGCCAUCAAGUACAAAACUAAAUUUUUAGAGCUUGCCACUGUGUAUAAAGAUAUGAUUCAAGAAAGAGAAAAAAUCAAGAAUGCACUUGCUCAAAGCCAGGACCGUGCCUUUCGUCGCAUCUCGGAACUGAAAGAGCAGAUUCAGUUGGACCAGGCUGCUAAAAGAGACUUGGAGGAAAACUACAAUUUUAUUCUAGAGGAGAAGGAGGAAUACAUUAAAGUGCUACACAUGCAGGUGGAUCUACUAAAACAAGGCAAAGCUGUGCCUCCAGAACUGCAAGAAAAGCUGAUUUCCAAAAUUAAGACUUCCACACCAAAGAGUUCACAAAAACAUGGCACUGAGGUAGACCACUUGAAUGAAAAGGUGAAGCGUUUGGAAGGUUUAUUGAGUCGGUGCAAGGAAACCAUCAAGAAUCUGAAGGAGAAGAACAUCCACGUGGCCGAAGAGAAGGAUGACCUCAAACAGAAACUGCUGACUCUGGAACAUGAAUCAGAGAAAUUCAAGCUGGGAGGAAUGAGUUCCCCGCCGGACACCAGUAAACUGCAGAAUCAGAUCAAACAAGCCCGACAGAUGAUUGAGCAGCUUGAGAAGGACCGCGAGAUCGCCAUAGCUGGGGUGAAGCAGCAGUUCCACGAGCAGAUUGCUGAGAAGGACGAGGACCUGCAGCGCACACGGCAGCAGUGUCAGCAGGCCAUGGAGGAUGUCGCGCACCUCAACGACAUGCUGCACAAACUAGAGAAAGCGGGCCAAGAACAGCUUGAUAAAUCCCGGGAAAUAAUAAAAAAGUUAAAUGAAGAGAAAAAGCAGAUAAAAAGUGAUAUGGAAGCGAAGUUAUUAGCUGCUGAACAAAGUUUAGAAGACGAGAAGCAGAAUCUCAUUCAAGAGAUAAAGCGUGGCAAAACUGAGGCCAUUCAUCUGAUGCAGCAAGAAAUGGAGCAAAAGGAAGCAAGUCAUGUGGAAGACAGUAUCAAAGAAAGGGAUCAGAUUUGGCAGACUAAGAUGUCCGACCAGGAGAAAGCUCACCAAGAGGCAGUCAGUGCCAUGGAAAGACAAAUAACACAAAUGCAGGAUGAAAUAAGAAGACAGUUAGAGGAAAAGGACCGACAGAUGCAGUUAGCUGUUGAAGAAUGUCAGCUGCAGAAAAUGUCGGCAUUGUCAGGGCUUGAUACUCAGAAAGAUGAACUUCAAGCAUACAUUGAAAAACUCAACUCUGAGAAAAUUGAAUUGAAAAACCAGAUAGACAAGCUUUUGGAGGACAGAGACACAAUGGAGGGUCAAUUACAACUUGAAAUGGACAACAUUAAACUGAAAUACGAGAGGGAACUGUCCGAGUUGAAGUCGGCACAUGCUCAAGAGGUACAGUGUGUCCGCACUGAGCAGCUUGAGACCUCACAGUCUUUACAGGAAGCCACAUCAGAACAGGAAACUUACUAUCAGUCUCAAAUGGAAGCCAUAAAAAAGAGUUCAGAUAAAUGUUUGGACGAGAAGAAAAAGGAACUGGAGAACUCAGAAGAACAACUCAAAGAGGCAAGGGCUUCCCUUGAGGAGAAAGAACGUGAGCUCCAAAGGAGAACUGAAGAAUAUGAAAGUCAGAUUACGAAAUUAGAACAGAUACUGCAAGAAAAAGAAUACACAAAUCAGAAAUUGCAAAAAGACAUUAUUAACAUACAAACCGAUUUUGAAAGUAAAAAGUGUUGUUUGGAACAACACAUUGUUGAACUGACAGCAGAAAUAAAAGGUUUGGAAGAAUGUAAAGCAAAACUUGAAAGUGAUUUUCACCAGCUUGUGGAUCAGACGGACACCUUGCGCUCUGAACAUGAAAUAAACAUGAAAAACAUGUCUGAAGAGAAAGAACAGUUUAUUGAUAAAAUCAGAAACCUUGAAACAGUCAAGCAGCAACUGGAACAACAAGUUGAAACUUUAAGUAAAUUUGCUGAAGAGAAAACUGAAUUGCUUUCUCUCAUUGAGUGCAAAGAAAGAGAAAUAGUGAGUCUUGAAAAGCAGUUGGAACAUUUGAAAAAGAACAUUGACGAGAAAGGUUUAGAGGUUGAGAGGAUGCUGAAGGAAUCUGCAUCUGGAAUGCAGGAUAGUGAGCAGAAGGCUCAACAGAAAAUCCACGAACUAGAAGACCAGCUAAAUGCACUCCGCCAACAGUUGGAGACAGUAGCUUCUGAAAAAGAAUUUAUAUUACUAGAGAAAGGAGAUCUUGAUGCAAGACUAGUGGAAAAAGACAAUAACAUUAUGCAGUUAAAGGAGAUGGUGAGAAGUCUUGAGAAUUGUCAGAGUGCCGUUGAAGGUGAAAAAUCUGAUCUUGAAUCAAAGCUUGUCACUUUGGAAGGGAUGUUGGAAAACUUGCAAAUGACUAAAUCUGAGUUGACUACAAAACUGGAGGAAAGUAGUAAAUUGUUAGAUAAACAAGCAUCAGAAGACAAGGUGGUGUAUGAAAACAGAAUUGCUUUUCUCGAGAAAGACCUCUCUGAAUGCAUGCAGAAAGUAGCUGAAAAUGAAAAAUAUAUUUCCUCCAAAGGUGAUGAGGUGUUGGCUUUAAGAACUGCAAUUGAUGAUAACUCUGAAUACAUUAAGAGUCUAGAAUCAAAAGUCAAUGACUUGGAGCAGAAUUUGCAGCAGACGGUUGCUGCCCUGAAUGAGAAAUCUGCAGAAUUAACAAAAAGUGUUGAGAAAUUUAACCAACUUAAAGCUGAAGCAAAAAGUAAAAUAAAAGAACUACGACAAUCUUUGGAGCAGACGAACAUUAAACACGAGGAAGAGAUUUCAAAUAAAGGGAAAGAAUAUCAGGAACAACUCUCGGUUAUUAAAGGGGAACAGGAAGAGAUUAUCAAACAGCUUUCUGAUCAGUUGGCUAGUUUAAAAGAGCAGCUAAGUGUGGAUCAAGGAAUUAAUAAAAACAUGGAAGAAAGUUUCAAACUGCAGUUUGAAGAACAGAAAGCCAAAUAUAAAGAGACAAUUGACCGAAUGAAGAAAAAAUUUGAGGAGAAAAUAAAAGAAAAAGAAAGCGAGCUGCAUGAAUUGUUUGAGAAGGAAGUUGUUGGUGUGGAAGAUGUUAGAAAAAGGCUCGAAUCAGCCAGUGCUGAGCAACUACAGCAGCAGGCCAGUGAACACCAGAUGAACAUAGACAAACUGACAAGUGAGUGGGAAACUAAGAUAGAAGAAAUUAAACAAAUUAAUGAAACAGUGCAGGAGGAAAUGAAGAAGUUGCACCAAGAAGCCGUGAAUGAAUUAGAGUUGAAACACACUUCCAAAUUAGAUUCUCUAAAGGCAUCGUAUGAAAGUCAGAUAAAUUCCUUACAGAGUGAACUGGACCAACUGAAGUCUGAAUUAUUGACUGUUCAAGAUCUUUUGCAAGAAAAAGAAAAUAUCUUAACAGAAUCAAAUGCUGAAACUUCAGAAACAUACCAGAAGUUUCAAAGUGAUAUUGAGAGGCUAAAAGAUGACCUUUCUAAGAAGGAUAUAAAGUUAGAGGAAUUAGAAAAAUCAUUUGAAGAGAAAGAGAGGUUAAUUAGAGAUACGGAAAACCUGACUGGUGAACGGAAAACACAAAAUGAAGAAAUCUGUGAAAAGUUUGAAAGUGAGUUACAAGAAAAAGAUGUAAAAAUUCAAGAAAUGGGUGUCAAUGUAUUGCGAUUGGAGUCAGAGUUGUCUUCCAUGGAAGAAAUGUUAAAAGCACUAAAUUCUGUAUCGGAGGAAAAGGAUGAGGAAAUUCGGAAGAUUAAAGAGGAAUGUGUCGAGCAUCAGACUCGUAUUCAGGACUUGCAAAACAAAUUAGCUGAAGCAGAAAAUAACUGGAAGAAUAUUCAAUAUGAUAAGAAGGAACAUGAAGGCGUUCUGUCACAGUUGCAUGAAGAGCAUGCUUCGGUGAUUUUCAACUUGAAGACAGACUUUGAUGAGCAGCUGAGAUGCAAAGAAAAGAUUUGUGAACAAAUUCAGGGAAAGGUUACAGAAUUUGAAGAAAAGGUGAAAACAACUGAAGAAAGAUUAGCAGAGAGUAUUCAGAAUUAUGAGACAAGAAUUCAAGAUUACCAACUGAAGCUGGAGUGUCAAGACAAUUCAGCAAAAGAAGAAAUUAGCCAACUGAAACAGCGCUGUGCCGAUCUGGAACAUGAGGCUCACUUGAAGUGUGAAGAGUUACAAACAUCAUUGAAUCACGAAGCUAAAGAGAGUGAAGAAUCUCUUCUGGAACAACUACACACCAGUAGGCAAGAUGUGGAGCAGGUCAAGAAGAAGGCAGAUGAAAUAAAGCAGAAGUUUGUUGUUAAGAUGAAAGAAUUCCAAGCAGAGGCCAAAUCAAAGAUUACUGCCCUUCAAGAUAAAUUAUUGCAGGAAGUGUCGGAAAAGGAAGAUAUUUCAUCGGAGUUAUCUCAUGCCAAUACCCGCUUGCUACAGUUGCAGGAACAUUCAGGUUUAUCAAAGGACACUAUUAUUGAUCUUGAAAAGAAGUGUGAAGAUUUGGUACAAACUGUUGAAUUAAAAGAUAGUGAACUAGCUAAAUUAACUGAAGAAUCAAACAACAGAGUUGAAGUGAUCAAAAACUUGAACUUGUCUCUCGAAAAUAAUGCUGCUGAGAUUGAACAUUUAAAACAGAGUUUAUGUGAUACUCAAGACACCAUUGAGAAAUUGAGAAAUGAUUGUGCUAACAAAAACAGUGAAAUUGAACAUCUCACAAAUAACUGUGAGAAGCAAACGCAGCAGCUUCAAGAACUGACUUCCAGUCAGGAAAUGUUUUCUCAGAAGUUGACUACACAUCUUGAAGAAAAAGAAGAGACACUACGUGAAAAACUUUGUUGUAUUCAGAAACUGGAAGAGAAGUGUCAGGAUGCUCAGAAAACAAUUACUGAUCUUGAAGAACAAGUUGACAGUUGGAGAAAGAAGUUUGAUGAAAACUCACAGCAUGUUCAAGAGUUGUCUGGUUCUGUUGAAUGCUUGAAGGAAUCGACCAAAGCAUAUGACGAUAUGAAAGAUCAACUUGAACAACUGCAGGUAGAAAAUAAUAAGUUAAAAGAAGAACAUGGCAGACAGCUGGAAGAAAUGCAAGAGAAACAUUCUGUGGACUUAAGAGAGCUAACUACAAAGCUUGAUGCAGAAAGCAACAAAAAGGUAGCAGACUACAAGAAACGAGCAGAAGCAUACAUCACACAAGUUAAGAAACAACUCGGUGAGGAAAAGGAAGCUGAUGUUGCUAAACAUCAAGAAAUUAUCUCGAAACAUGAAGCACAAAUUAGCAAUUUGAUGUUACAGCUUGAAGAAUAUGCUAAAGAUAAAGAAGGCUUAUUGAAUGACUUAGAUCAACUUAAAGAAAAAUCUGAAACGGAACAUCAGUCCAAAGACCAGUCUAUCCAGCAAGCAUUGCAGCAAAUAGAACUGUGUAAAACUGUGGAGAGUGAUCUCAGAAGUAACAUGGACCAGCUGAGAUUAGAAAAGUCAGAACUCGGUGAUAAACAUAGUGUGAUAUCAAAAGAAUACGAUCAGUUAAAGUUGCAAUUUGAGCAGUCUGUGGAAAAGCUAAACACAGAAAAAAGUGUGUUACAAAAGCAGGUUGCAGACAUUGAAAGAGAGAAGAUAGAACUUGCAGAGAUGAUGGAAAAUCAACAUUCAUCUGAAGUGGAGAAACUGAAGAACGAUUUUGAAGAUCAGCUGCAGGCGAGAGAUGAUGAACAGACAGUGAAAAUCAAACAACUUGUUAAGGAGAUGAAUUUGAAAUUAGCUGAGAAGGAGAGAGAAUUUGAGCAGACCUUUUCAAACGCAGUUGACAAGAGUGAGCGAGGGGAGUCACGGCUGGUGAAGGAGCACCAGGACCUGGUGGAAGAGCUGUGGAACGAUCUGCAUGAGAAGGAAGAAAGAAUUGAAGAGAUCCAGCACGAAUACGAAGAAAAACUCCAGGAAAAGGACAAACAUAUGUUGCAGCAGAUAGCAGCACUGCAGGAGGAAAUUACCAAGUUGAAAAGUCGUCACCAGGUUGAGUUGUAUGAAUUAGAAGAAAAGUUUAAACUCACCCACAAAAAGAGUCUGAUAGAAAAAGAAAAAAAUCACCAGGAGGAAGUAACUGCAUUAACUCAAGAGUGGAAUUGUGAAAGGAAGUUUGAAGUUCCGUGUGCACAGUUUGGUCUCCAUUCUUGUGAUGUUCCACCAGUUAAUGAGGAGAUGGUACAACAGAAUCAGCUUGCUCUGACUGCUGUUCAGGCUGGAUCUAACAGUGGUGACCUUCUGAGGGACAGAGUUGUGCAACUCACCAAACAGAUGGAGCACAUUCGUGAACAACACAACCUUGAAGUUGCUGAGCUUCGGGGACAGCUGGAAAUGCGGGGGAAUCUGGCCCAGCCACUGGUAGCAGCACCGAAGAUGACCAAAAUAGACAUUGGGGAUCCAAACCUGGCUUCAGAAAUCGAAAACUUGGAGCUUUAUAAUAUAGAUCUUCAGUCUCAAGCAGCACAGUUAAACCAUGAAUUGUCCCAGACGAAGUUACGAGAGCAAGAACUCCAGCAACGAAUUGAAGUACUGGAAUACCGAAUAAGAAACCCGUGCAGCAAUGAAACUCCUCCACUAAGCCCUGCAGGCUCCCAGUCUUCCCAUGGAGAUGGACCAUUAUUAAGGGAACCUACUGAAUUUGAGUAUUUAAGGAACAUUUUGUACGAAUACAUGAUGGGAAAAGAAACAAAAACAUUAGCGAAGGUGAUAGCCACAGUAGUACGGUUCUCGGACGAACAGACCAGAAAUAUUCUUGCCAAAACAGACUCAUCAAUGGGAUGAAAGCAACUUAUGGAACAACUAAGACCUGGCUGUCACCAUGAAAACCUAAUUACAGAUCCAGUUACUUCCACCAUUCUCGUUAAAUCCACAGAACUUUGAAGAAUGUAUUAACUUCACACAGUACAUUACCACAGAGAAUUAUUCAGGAGGGCUGAUGUUGAAUACUAAGUAUUACAUUUAAAGUGAUAUGGAAAUCCUAAGUGUAGUCUCUUCAAAUGGUGUGCCUCGGAACACCUACUAGCCUCCAUGCUAGGUACACAGUGAAAAGGACAAUUCAAGUGAGCUUCAGUAGAUCGCGAUUGCGUUGGAUGAACAUACAAUAUGACAAAACCAAAAGCUGAUCCUGGUUUGGAAAAUGCUUAUAGUCACACAUCUGGACCCGUGCUGAAACUUUCACAGAGGAAUGUGCCUUGAGGUAAUUUAGUACAUUGGAAAUUGAGGAAAAUCACUUAACUUGCCAUAGCAGCUUCAAAGAAAGAUGAAGUGUAUAGCAUACAACAGUCGAUUUAGUGGAAUUAUUUUUUAUUGAUGAAGAAUUUGUUAAUUUAAUAUAAAGAAGCUCGCUAAUAUUUUCAUAUAUAUAUAUAUACAUAGCUCCAAAAUAUGACAUUUAUUUUUGUGUGUAAAGUGGAAUUUUAUAAAAAUACCCAGCAUCCCGAUUGACUUAAUGGGUUAGCUUAGUAGAAUCUGCUUGUCAUUAGAGCAGUUGUACUGAAACGUAUGUCUGGUCUGAUCCACAAUUUAAACAACAACUUGUUAAUCAGCAGUCUGCGUCACUAAACAUUCCAAUCCUUAUAUCCGCAACAUCUAAAUAAUUGAUUAUUUCUGUAUCAUGGUUUGAUUAAACAGAACCAAACAGAUGCACAAUGGACAGCCGCUAUUCCCCUAAUGGAGACAAGAAAAUUCAAUUAAUUUUUUUUAGCAAUAAAUAUCCCAGUAUUCAAACUGAAAGGAAUUUUGUUUUAGCCAAGUUUCACCUAUGUAGAGUACUUCCUUGAAAUUUUUUCAAAAGUGGCUCAUUUAGCCACUUUGCCAAAUUAGCCAUUUGCUAAUUUUUAUACAAUGGACAGAGCAAGCCCUGUAUCAUUCAUCAGGUAACAUAUUAAAAAAGAGAUCAAUUGAUCAAGCCCAAUUGACUUGCAUUGUGGAAAUGUGUGCAACACCAUAUGACUGACUACAGGAAGAGGUGGACAUGUUCCGGAACAGACCGAUCAAGACUGGGCAACAUCACAAAAAUUAGCAAACAAUAAUUUAUCAUUUAUUUUUUCUUUAAAAAAACAUGUAUAAAUUAAAAAAUACAAUUGUAA